AUGGAUGGAGCCGGCUGCUCUUCAGAGAAAGGAUUGGAAUCUGAUAUUUCGGGUCGGGCUCCUUCCCUCGAAACCCAGGGGAAAGGCUUUGGUGAAUCAAAUCAAGCGCAUUCUGGCAGUAUUCCAAGCUACCCAAGGGCAUAUAGCGCAGCACAGGAUCAUUCACCGCCAUCUGGUCCCUCCCAUGGGCCCAAGUCUUUGUCUUCGCAAACUCACAGCUCAAAUGUAUCCCUGCUAUCGGCUCCCACUCGUCCUCGCGGAGGGCCGAGCUUCAAGGAAAACGUUUGGACCAGUGCUCCCGCCCGCCGUGGGCCCAUGUCGGCUGGGACCUAUGGGCCCCCGACUGGUCCGCGCAGUGGCCAUAUGUCAGGGCCGGGUGUGGAUACUCAUCGUCAUCCUACUUAUCGCCAAGGAAGUGUUACAGGAGCCCCAUAUCCUCGUACCCCGAGGUACAUGAAUCAUCUUACGGGCCUUUGUUCGAUUAUAUCAGGGGGAAGAUGCUUCCCGUCUGACCUAGAUGCCCUCACGGAAAAGCGCCUUUGGCAAUUAGACGCAGACAGGGAUCGGCUUAUGGAGCAGAUUGCCGACACUCAGAAAUCAAAAUGCACUGGAAUGCGGGACUGGGACAGACUAGAUAGAGAUAGCUCCAUUUGCGCUUUGAAAAGUGAACUCGCAGAGGGGCACCUGCAGCGGAUUGCGGAUGGUGCAAGCGCACAUGUUAGCGCAAUCUUCUGA